AUGGCUCUCCUGGAGAAUCCACAAGUUGCGAAUAUACCACAAAGUUCCUAUAUCACGACCACCGAACCCCUAAAAGGUCCAUCGGACUCCCAUGCGCCUUCUGUGACAAUUAAAAGCACUGUCGACGAGAUCCAUACAAAUGGAGCUGCGCCCAAGCCCCUGUUCCAGCUGGAGGAGCACCCGGUUGAUGAAGUAAGACCGAUUAAGGUCGGCAUUAUUGGUGCCGGCCUCUCAGGAAUUACGGCCGGCAUCUUGCUACCCGUCAAGCUGCCGGGCCUUGACCUUCGCAUCUAUGAUAAGAACGCCGAUGUGGGAGGCACAUGGUUUGAAAACACAUACCCCGGGGUGAGAUGCGACAUUCCUGCACACGCAUACCAAUCGGCAUUCUCGCCAAACACCCAGUGGACAGAAGAGUUUGCUCAGGGUGCUGAGAUCAGAGAUUACUGGCAAGGCGUAGCGCGGAAAUACAAUGUAUACCAGUAUCUCCGCCCGCAGCAACAAGUACAGAAAGCCGAGUGGCUGGCUGAAGAAGGAAAAUGGAAAGUGACCAUCAAGCACGUUGACGGCUCCGAGAAGGUCUAUGAAGAAAAGCUAGAUAUCGUCAUCAACGCUAUCGGCCACUUUAAUGCCUGGAAGUUGCCCGAUUAUGAAGGGAUCCAGACCUUUCAAGGCCCGCUCUUCCAUUCGUCAAAUUGGGAUCAUAAUGUUGACUUGAAAGGGAAGCGAAUCGCCCUCAUUGGCAACGGUGCUUCUGGCUUGCAGGUUCUUCCCUCGAUUCAGCCUAUCGCCAGCCAUGUCGACCACUACGCUCGAAAUCCCACUUGGGUGGCCGACUCUUUUAGCAGUGGAAACUCCGGAGUGCGCCGACUAGAGCCGAAUCUGUUUUCCGAGGCGCAGCUGGAAUCAUUCAAAGAUCCCAAGAAAUAUCUGGAAUAUCGCACAGAAGUUGAAAGAGGGUUCUUCCAGCGCUUUGGCGCUAUUUUCAAAGAUACGCCGGACAACCAUUCUCUGAAGGAGAAGUGGACCGAGUUGAUGUUGAAGCGAGUGGCCGACAAGCCUGAGCUGGCCGACAUCAUUCUUCCUGACUUCCCGCCUAACUGCCGCCGUCCUACUCCUGGGCCAGGAUAUCUCGAGGCACUAACCAAGGACAACGUCAGCUACAUCCGAACACGCAUCAAGCGAUUCACGGAGAAAGGAAUCAUCACGGAGGACGGAGUUGAGCGAGAAGUCGACGUGACAAUCUGCUCAACGGGUGCGAACGUCGACCACGCCCCACCAUUUUCCAUUAUCGCCAAUGGUAUCGACCUCAGAUCCGCCUGGAAGAAAGAUGGCCAGUUCGGAUUUCCAUAUUCGUACCUCGGCUUUGCGACCCCGGGCUUCCCCAACCUCCUCUGGCUCGGCGGUCCCUACUCCUCCGGCCACAGCGGCACCGUGCCGAACAGCGUAGAGAACCAGGUGACGUAUAUCGCAAAGGUACUUCGCAAGGUCCGCAGCCAGGGCAUCAAGACCAUCGUCCCAUCGAAACAGGCAGCAGAUGACUUUGUCGAGUACUGCGAUGCCUUCUACCCGCGCACUGUGUGGACGGCCAACUGCAGUUCGUGGUAUAAUGGCGGCCAGCCCGGAGCCCGGAUUCACGGCCUGUUCCCGGGGAGUGCAUCUCAUGCAAAUUAUAUUCGUCGAGAUCCUCGGUGGGAAGACUGGGAGUACACUUAUGUCAACAACAGUGGCAAUCGUUUUGCGUUCUUUGGGAAUGGAUGGACUUCGAGGGAGCUUGAUCCGCAUGCCCACCUAACGCCUCAUCUGAAGCUUCCUGGGGAUAUGGACUUGAAAUCCCAUUUGGAGGGCUGGUGGGAUGUCUGA